UAUAUACACACAUUAAGUUCUCGAUCUAUCAAAGGUGCAGCUUGUUGGCCAUUGAGUUGAUUUUAGUUUUCUAACAUCUAUAGCAAUGGAAAACCUCACAUCUUCUUCCCUGGACAUUCCACCUUCAGCAAAUGGGAAUCUGAUUACGGUUCUCAGCAUUGAUGGCGGAGGCAUCCGUGGAAUCAUUCCCGGUGUUAUUCUUUCCUACCUUGAGUCUCAGCUUCAGGAGUUAGACGGUGAGGAUGCAAGGCUUGCAGAUUAUUUUGAAGUAAUUGCUGGGACAAGUACUGGCGGUCUCAUCUCUGCCAUGUUAGCAGCUCCUCAUCCAACAACCAAAAAUCGCCCCUUAUUUGCUGCCAAAGAAAUCGUACCAUUUUACCUUGAACACGGUCCAAGCAUUUUCCCACAGACAAGGGGAAUAUUUGCGCCGCUCAUAAACCUAAUAAAAGCUUUGACAGGAUCUAAGUAUAAUGGGAAGUAUCUGCACAAGAUUGUAAAAGAGUUAUUAAGGGACACAACCUUGAGCCAAACCUUGACAAAAGUUGUUAUUCCAACUUUUGAUGUCACGAAGUUUCAACCUACAAUCUUUUCCUCGAACCAGAUUGCAACUGAUCCAACUCUAGAUGUACCACUGUCAGACAUUUGCAUAGCAACUUCAGCUGCUCCAACUUAUUUGCCAGCUCACUAUUUUACAAAACAAGAUGAACAAGGAAAAGUGAUCAAAGAGUUCAACCUCAUCGAUGGUGGCGUGGCUGCUAAUAAUCCUACUUUGAUUGCAAUUAGAGAAGAGACGAAGCAACUGAUAGGGAACCCAGGUGGGAGAAAUGUGAACACCGGGGGAUUAGGCUUUGAUCGUUUUCUUGUUCUGUCGAUAGGGACAGGAUCAAACAAGAAAGAGCACAAAUACAAUGCUAAGAUGAUGUCGAAAUGGGGGAUUUUGUCUUGGUUGUUUCACUCUGGAUCAACUCCCAUUAUAGAUUGUUUCAAUGAAUCAAGCAAUGAUUUGGUUGACUACUUCAACCAGGUUGUUUUUAGUGUGCUUGAGUCCCAAGACAGCUACCUCCGAAUUCAAGUGGAUUUAGAGAAAGAAUUAGCUUCUGUGGAUGGAGCUACUAAAGAGAAUUUGGAUAAUCUGGUAAAAGAGGGAGAGAAGUUAUUGAAGAACAAGGUUACAGGAGUGAAUCUAGAUACGGGUGCAGGUGAACCACUUCUACAUAAAGGCAGCAAUGAGGAAGAACUCAAAAGGUUUGCGAAAUUACUCUCGGAGGAGAGAAAACAGAGAAAGUAAAUGAUGACCAGAUUGCUUGUCAAAUGUUAAUCCAUUGUAGAAGCAUCUUCAAUUCAUUGAUUUGCUUAAUAAUUUCAGUACGUACGAUUAUGAUGCAAGUGUGUAAUAUUUUUUACUUAGUCAAUUGUGAUGAACAUGUUUGUUGUUGUUUUUCGAAGUUAAAAUAAAACUCAAAUUUUAGUUUCA